AUGAAGCUCACCAUCCCCUUCCUCGUCCUGGCCUGCGCCUGCCUCCCAGCUCUUCUGGUCGAGGCUGCUCCCGCUGCCAUUACCACCCGGACGUCUACGGUCACCCUCUCUACCGCCACUCAGACACAGACCAAGACCAUUCUGUCGACUGUGCCCGUGACGACGACCAAGACAAAGACUGUUGCUACCACGGUCCCCACUACUGUCGUCACAACAAAGACCAAGACAGAUGCCACAACUGUUCCCACCACGGUUGUCACGACCAAGACCAAGACCGUAGCGACAACUGUUCCCACCACGGUAGUCACGACAAAGACCAAGACUGAUGCAACUACAGUCCCCACCACGGUAGUCACGACAAAGACUCAGACUGUACCGACUACCGUCCCCACCACGGUCGUCUCUACAAAGACUGCCACUGUGAAUGUCCCCACUACCACUACACUGACAACGACGGCUGCAGGUAAGGCUACCACUGUGACUGCCGGAAAGGUCACCAGCACGGUCAUCUCGGUGCAGCCUACGACUACCACAAAGACCACUACCGUUGAGACGACCAUCUCUGGAAAGGCAACUACCGUCGUGUCGACCUUGACGCAGGCGACCACGGCCACUGUCACUGACGCCACCACUGUCACUCAGUCAGGUGCUGCCACUACGGUCACUGACUCUACCACUGUCACCGAGAAGGGCGAUGCUGUCACCGUCACUCAGACGGCCGAUCCCGUCACUGUCACCCAGCCUGCUGACACUGUCACUGUCACCGACGCUACUAACGCAACUGCAACUUCUACGGUCACCGAGGCCGGAGAUGCUGUCACUGUCACCAAGACUGCCGACACCGUCACCGUCACCCAAUCUGCUGACACUGUCACUGUCACGGACGCAGCUAACGCAACUGCAACUUCUACCGUUACCUCUACCGAGACUGACUCGGCUACCGUCACAGUCACUGCAACGGAGACUGCUGCCACGUCUACGAUCACUGCCACCGAGACUGGUGCCACGUCCACCAUCACCGCCACGGAGACCGGUGCCACAUCUACUGUCACCGCUACGGAGACUGACGCUACUUCUACAGUCACUGCCACUGAGACCGACGCUACUUCCACAGUCACCGCGACGGAGACCGGUGCUACCUCCACCAUCACUGCCACCGAGACUGGUGCUACGUCUACUGUCACUGCUACCGAGACUGACGCUACCUCCACCGUCACUGCCACGGAGACUGACGCCACCUCUACGGUCACUGCCACGGAGACCGACGCUACCUCCACAGUCACCGCUACCGAGACUGAUGCUACGUCUACGGUCACUGCUACUGAGACCGGUGCCACCUCUACGGUCACUGCCACGACCACCGACGCUACAGUCGAGGCAACCGCCACUCUCACUGAUGCCACUUCGACAGUUACUGCCACGGAGACUGCUGCUACUGCCACAAUCACUGCAACGCAGACUGACGCUACCUCCACUGUCACUGCCACGACCACCGACGCUACAGUCGAAGCCACGGCCACUCUCACUGAUGCCACUUCGACAAUUACCGCCACCGAGACUGCUGCCACUUCCACUGUCACUGCAACGGACACCGAGACUACUAUUGAGGCGACUGCUACUCAGACCGAUGGCACUACUACCAUCACCGCUACGGAGACUGGUGCCACCUCUACGGUCACCGCCACCGCCACGGAGGUCGACGCUACUUCGACUGUCACUGCCACCGAGACCGGUGCUACUUCAACGGUCACUGCCACGGAGACUGAUGCCACUUCCACAGUCACCGCCACGGAGACCGGUGCUACAUCUACUGUCACCGCCACGACCACCGACGCUACCGUUGAGGCGACAGCAACCCUCACUGACGCCACCUCCACUGUCACUGCCACGGAGACCGGUGCCACCUCCACGACUGAUGCCACUGCCACCGUCACCGCUACGGUCACCGAUGCUACCGCCACCGUCACUGCCACGACGACUGAUGCCACAGUUGAGGCAACUGCCACGACGACCGAUGCCACAGUCGAGGCAACUGCCACGACGACUGAUGCUACUUCGACUGUCACUGCCACGUCGACUGGUGCCACUUCUACCGUCACGGCUACAGUCGUUGAGGCCACGUCCACUAUCACUAGUACCGAGGUUGAGACCACUACUACCACCACGACCACUUCUACUGCUACUGCGUCGCCAACAACCUCUACCAACGACAACACAGGUACUCAGGACGACGCCAACGCUGGUCAGAACAGCACUUAA